UUUGACAAAUCCCUCUUUAAUGUCUUAUGAGAUUUCACUGAUGGAUGUAAUCAUUUAUGAAAUAAUACAUUUAUUCUUACAUCUUUAUCUGGUUGGUCCGGUGAAAAUAAAAGCACCACUAAAAUCUGGUUAUAUAUCUAUUGUAGACAGCUCAGACGACACUUUGUUGCUCUCUAAAGACCAUUUAAACAUUUUCUAAGGUUUUCUUCUGUCCAUUUGGAUAUUAAGAGUUUCACAUUAUUUAUACAGACGGUUUUCUUUCUUUCUAGAUUAGUUAUGGAGCCAGAGAUACGUUGCUGAGUGAUAGAAAGAUGUAUCCAAACUUUUUCCGGACAGUUCCGGAUGAUGAGAUGCAAUAUGUGGCCAUAGCAAAGUUACUGGAAAGGUUGAAGUGGAACUGGGUCGGGAUCCUUACAUCUGAUGAUGAAUACGGAGAGAGGGAGAUCCGACAUCUCAACAAACAUUUAUCAAAUCAUGGAAUUUGUAUUGAAUUCAAGAUUCUGGUGUCUAAAGAGAAUUAUAAUAAAAUUCCUCAAGAGCUGCGGAGCUCAACCACGGAAGUUCUUAUUAUUUGUGGCUCAGUUAGUCUGUAUUAUUACCAGUUUUUGUAUAAAAAUGUCCCUUAUCACAUGGAGAAAACAUUUAUUCUACCAGAUUCUUGGUCAAUGACUGACAUUUUUUUUAUUCUCAGUAACUGCAGUUUGGUGUUUACAUUCCCCCAUCUCUACAUAGAGGAAAUGCUGGAAUAUUUUUAUAAUAUUUAUCCAUCCAACCGCCCAAAUGACCCCCUGAUGGAGGAUAUUCUCAUAUCUCAAUGUGGAUGCUUUUCAAACAACCAAAUUAAAAAUGUCCUUAUCCCAAUUAUACAAAGAUCUACUCUUACCGACUGCGAUCUGGUGACACUUGGACUUAAUUUAUAUUUUCCUGAUGAGAAAACAUCCUAUAGAGUGUAUAUUGCAGUCUACAUUUUGGCUCAAGCAUUACAUGACAUGGAUUUCUCUUUUAAAAUAAAUAACAAAAAAUCUGAAAUAAAUCCACACACACUAAAGUAUAAGGUGAAUGUCCAAUGAAAGUUUACUCGUAUCUUUUUAUAC